CGCACGGGCCGCAGCCCUCCCCGCGAGCCGCGCCGCGCGCUCACACACUCGGGGGCUCCCCGCGAGCCGGAGCGCGGCGCACGGCGAGGCGCCGAGGCGGGCGCGGAGGCGGCGCCGCGCGAGCUGCAGCCGAGCCGGCGGCGGCCCCCAGCCCAGCCCGGCGCUGCCGCCGAGCCCGGGCCCCAGCGAGCGGCGGCGCCCAAGUUCCCGCCAUGAGCUGCGGGCUCUGCGGGCUCCGCGGCUCCGGAGACUCCCUCCCGGCUGAGCGCGAUCGCCGCGCCCCGCGGCCCCGACGCGCCUAACGCCGCCGCUCGCCGGUCCCGCUCCCGCUCCCGCCGCCGCCCGCGUCCCGGCCGCCGCCUCGGCCCCGCCGCGCCGCGCCGCUAGCAGCAUGUCUCGGAGGAAGAUUUCGUCCGAGUCCUUCAGCUCCCUGGGCUCCGACUACCUGGAGACCAGCCCCGAGGAGGAGGGCGAGUGCCCGCUGUCCAGGCUCUGCUGGAACGGCAGCCGCAGCCCGCCCGGGCAGCCCGAGCCCAGCGCGGCCGCCGCCGCCGCCACGGCCGCCGCUGCCGCCGCCGGGGCCAGGAGGGCGCAGCGCCGGAGGCGGGUCAACCUGGACUCGCUGGGCGAGAGCAUCAGCCGCCUGACGGCGCCCUCGCCUCAGACGAUUCAGCAAACUCUCAAGAGGACAUUGCAGUAUUAUGAGCACCAAGUUAUUGGUUAUAGGGAUGCAGAAAAGAAUUUCCACAAUAUCUCCAACAGAUGCUCCUAUGCAGACCAUUCCAACAAAGAGGAAAUCGAGGACAUUUCGGGAAUUCUUCAGUGCACUGCUAAUAUACUCGGAUUGAAGUUCGAGGACAUUCAAGAACGAUUUGGUGAGGAGUUCUUUAAUAUAUGCUUUGAUGAGAACGAGAGAGUCCUUCGAGCUGUCGGUGGCACGUUGCAGGACUUCUUUAAUGGCUUCGAUGCUUUGUUGGAACACAUUAGAACUUCUUUUGGAAAACAGGCUGCCCUGGAGUCACCAUCAUUCCUAUGCAAAGAGCUCCCUGAAGGUGCUCUCAUGCUCCACUACUUCCACCCUCACCAGAUUGUGGGCUUUGCGAUGCUGGGGAUGAUUAAGGCCGCAGGAAAGAAGAUCUAUCGGCUGGAUGUGGAAGUGGAACAGGUGGCAAAUGAGUUAUGCUCAGAUGGCUCAAACCCAGGCAACUGUAGCUGUCUCACUUUUCUUAUCAAAGAAUGUGAAAAUACUACUAUCUCGAAGAACCUUCCCCAGGGAACCUCCCAAGUUCCCGAGGACCUCAGAAUUAGCAUCAACACCUUCUGCAGAGCCUUUCCUUUCCACUUGAUGUUUGACCCCCACAUGGCAGUCCUUCAGCUGGGGGAAGGCCUGCGGAAGCAGCUUCGAUGCGACACUCACAAAGUGCUCAAGUUUGAGGACUGCUUCGAGAUCGUUUCUCCGAAGGUGACUGCCACCUUCGAAAGGGUCCUGCUGCGACUGUCCACCCCAUUUGUGAUUAGGACCAAGCCUGAGGCUUCUGGCACGGAAAAUAAAGACAAGGUGAUGGAAGUCAAAGGACAAAUGAUCCACGUCCCAGAAUCAAAUUCCAUUUUAUUUUUGGGCUCUCCAUGUGUGGACAAGUUGGACGAACUCAUGGGCCGGGGACUGCAUCUCUCAGACAUCCCCAUCCAUGAUGCCACCCGAGAUGUCAUUUUGGUUGGCGAGCAGGCUAAGGCCCAAGAUGGCUUGAAGAAGAGGAUGGAUAAAUUAAAGGCAACUUUAGAAAGAACUCACCAGGCCCUGGAGGAAGAGAAGAAGAAAACAGUGGAUCUUCUAUACUCUAUUUUUCCCGGUGAUGUAGCCCAGCAACUGUGGCAAGGGCAGCAAGUGCAGGCCAGAAAGUUUGACGAUGUCACCAUGCUCUUUUCGGACAUAGUCGGCUUCACGGCCAUCUGCGCACAGUGCACCCCCAUGCAAGUGAUCAGCAUGCUGAAUGAGCUCUACACCAGAUUCGAUCACCAGUGUGGAUUUUUGGAUAUUUAUAAGGUGGAGACAAUAGGUGACGCAUACUGUGUCGCUGCAGGACUGCACAGAAAAAGCCUCUGCCAUGCGAAGCCCAUUGCGCUCAUGGCCCUGAAGAUGAUGGAGCUUUCAGAAGAGGUGCUGACACCUGACGGGAGGCCCAUCCAGAUGAGGAUAGGCAUUCAUUCAGGCUCUGUGCUGGCUGGAGUUGUUGGGGUAAGAAUGCCACGAUAUUGCCUGUUUGGAAAUAACGUCACUCUGGCAAGCAAAUUCGAAUCGGGAAGCCACCCUCGGCGCAUCAAUGUCAGCCCCACCACUUACCAAUUAUUAAAACGGGAAGAAAGUUUCACAUUCAUUCCUCGGUCCCGUGAAGACCUUCCCGACAACUUUCCAAAGGAAAUACCUGGGAUCUGCUAUUUCCUGGAGGUAAGGACUGGCCCCAGGCAGCCAAAGCCUUCUCUUUCCUCAUCGAGAAUCAAAAAGGUUUCCUACAACAUCGGCACCAUGUUCCUCCGGGAGACAAGCCUCUGAGACGUGCGACAGAUCAAAGACUCCUCCAAAAGCACAAGCCCAGAACACGGGGCACGACGGGAAGGUGGCGAGGGGUUCUCUUUCACUGCUUCGUUGGGAACAAACAGCGGACUUUCUGUGAUGUCAGGCAAUAAUCCUAGAAAAAGGCGGGCGAUGACUGUCAAUUAAAAAACAACUGGAGGGUGGGGGAAACAAGGCGUGUCCAUACGUAGGAGUGUUCUUGGUCACAUAUAUAUUUUAAUUACAAGUAUGGGCCCCCUUUCAAAACUAACCGAUAAAUAGCGUUCAUGUUUGCUUGUUUGUCACACAUACAGAUAUCUUUCCCUUUAUAUUUGUAUCACUUUUGACAGCCAGUUUUAGUAUAUAUUCCUACAUUUAGUGAGGUGGUAUGUGAAGGAUAUUUUCUAACUUUGUUUUUUCUGAAUAGACAUUUCAUACAUAUAUCAUGGCAGUGUGGUAAGCUUCCCAGCAGGAAGAACUGUAACUCAGCAAAAUAUUUUAGGGAUAUUACCUAUUUUUAUACAUAUCUCUUCUAGAUAAUUACCUUUCACACAACAUGAUUAGAUGUCCUGAAUCUGUUACUGUAUAGUUGGUAAAUAGUGUAACUCUAACCUAUUCUUCGAAUAUAGUUUUAUUUACCUAGAGUCUUUAGUGCUUAGACUUGAGGACACAUAUAACCAAGAAUUUCAGAUGCUGAGAAAGAAUUGUACAUCUGCUUAGUAAAUAUAUCCUGUAGAUUUAAUUCAUGUAACAUGGGACCCAGAGCAAAUGGAAUUUCCUAAUAGUAGCUGAGAUUAAAGAAAGAUCCUUUUUGCCAUCUUCUAUCAAGAAUCAGUCAAACCCAAAUGCUAUCUUCACUGAACGCUUUUCAACUUUGCAUUCACAAAUACAGGUAGUUAUUAUAAGGUACUGAACUGCACUCUAAAAAACAGCAGCCUACUAAGUGAAAUGCUCACACUCCCCCACCCCCUUCAUGAUGGAUGACGCCUAAGGCCACUCUCAGGAGUGAAUGCCUAGAUACUGCCAUUAGUGAGAGCACUUUUGCCAACAACUUUGUUUCUUCAUGUAUAAUAAAGAGCAAGGAAAGAUACCUGUAUUGAAUGGCUUUAAGAUUAAAAAAUAUGUUCAUCUUCCGUUGGAUUGAGUUGGCUUUUAAAUUCAGUGAAUCACCUUCAAAACAGUGAUUCCCUAACCUUCACUUAGUAAUCACCAUAGUUGCCAAUAGGCUUCCAUCACAUGACCUGCUAAAAUGAAGACCAGCUCCCAAUAAUUAGCACUGAAUGAAAAUAUUAUUACAGACUCACCUGAAAUUAGGAGCACGGUGUGUCCAGAGAUUUUCUAUUUUGGAUCAGAUCUAAAACCUAAGUUUCUAUUGAGGUUAAUGAGCUGUCAGUAUUUUUUCCCUUAAAACCUUAGGGUGUCCAUUUUCUUACUACAGUACAUACACUCAUUAGUAGCUCGUGUCUACUGAAUACAACAUGUUUCUUCUUCUGGUCAGUGAUUUGGGCUGCAUUAUGAUUUGCUUAUGGCUUAACUCAGCAAAGGAGCAUAUUAACUAGUGUCCAAUGUGGUCUGCGAGGCUGCUUUAGUAUAUUUAAGUUCUCUAAGUGGGUCGCUAGAAAGCAUUUGCAUAUUUAUAAAUGCAAAGUAUUUGUUAUAAAGUGACCACUUGCAUCAUUGUUGAGCUCUGUCCUCGCCCUGGGGCUUAUGAGGAUACUCAUGUGUCACUCUUCAUGUGAGACGGGAUCUGGACCAGGGCUCUCUGAAUCCUGGCCUGGCCUUCUCUUCCCUGAGCCUAGGCCUCUGUUUUCAAGCACACGGGGCGAGAAGGCCUGGGUGUUCAUGGGCGGCUGUGUAGACUGAGGACAGUGUGCCGCCCUGGGAGAUGAACGCACUUCCUUCACAGGGGGCGGGGCCAGCUGUCCAGUCAGUGCACGGAACAGGCAGGGGCACCUAGUCCCUGCUGGGGAAUGGGAGCACCCUUGUCCUCGUGCCAAGAACAGGACCCCGUAGCUAUCCAUGUUGGUGGGCUUCUCACAGCACAACGGCAUUCGGAGGGAACCCAGCUCACUGAAUCAUUUAUGCUUAUUCUGCACAGUAACUUAGAGCUUAUCCUGACAUGGUAAAUCAAUGCAUGUUUUGGCAGUAAACAAUGCAUUCUGUAACCAUUAGCCUGAAAGGGACUUCCCUGAACAAUCCAAUCCAUUUCCCUGCUUCUUGUAAAGGUUUGUGUAAGCAACUCUUCUAAACAUAUGGCUAUUCUCUCUAAACUGUGAUCACGUAUGGGAAGCAUAUUUUAAAAGCAUCGCUGGAAAUCCACUUUCUUAUCUGGUAAUGGAACUAGGGCCCCAAACCAAAACUGUAGAUGUGUUCAGUUUGUCAGAAGAAUAACAAACUCUUUCUUAGUUUAUAUGAUUUUACUUAGAGAAGUUGUUGUUUACAUUGUAACAAUUGUCACAAUGAAGAAUAUGCCAAAAACCUAUUAAAUAUCACAGACACGAUGUAAGCUCCAGUUUUAAUACAAUAUAAUCUAUAUAUAUCUUUCAAGCUAUAGUCCCAAGCAAUGGUCUAAUCUGUUACCAUUUUGCCAAUUUAGUACAAUCGAUCAUCAUAGUUGCACUGUUGCUAUGUGUUUGCAAGGCUGUUUAAAAUGGCUGUUCAUGCUAGCUGUACUCACAGAAUUUAGAAGCUGUGAAAAAGCAUCCUACUUUGCUCUACAUAAUACACUCCGCAUGCAUUCUGUUAGGAAUUGUGGCUGUAACAAUGGGUGAUAGUUGGUACUUCAUCUGCCUCAUAUCUAUACAGUCUUCUCACUUACAGGCUACCACACACAUCAUGCAUGUUAGUGAGGCAGCCUAAAAGUAAUUUACAUGGAUGUCCCAUGGAAAUCAAGUGGUAUUAAACUGGGUAAAUGGCUUUACCCCACUUUAAAAGGGAUACUUUAAAUAUAAUGUGGUACCUGUUUUAGUGUUUUUUCAAGCAACAAAUUGGAAGAAGUCACUGUAUGACUAGCCACCAGUGCCAAAGCUUUCAUCAGCAAGAGUAUCACUUUGAUGGAGAGGAUGUCAUUGUUUGCAAAUAAGUCUGAUAUCUAGCAAAGUGAGAAACCUCCAUAGGUACCCCAAACACACUGAGCAGGAUGUGCUUUGUGGACCUCAGUAGGUAAUAGCAGCCAUAACUAACGAAUAAUACUCAAUGCCUGGAGAAAGGCAGUGUUAAAAUCUGCCUUGAUAUUCAUCAACUCUCUUAUAUGUUAAAUUAUAUGAGGUUUCCUUUCAGCACCUGACUCUGUGCUGUCCAAUGAGGUGUGACCUGCCGAUGGCUAAAACCGGAGAGCAGGUUCAUGGAGUCGGCACUUUUAAUGUGAUUCUUGUGGUCUCAUGCUUGUUCCUGAGACAAUUGUGUCAAGAACAUAGUGUUUUAUUAUGAAAAUGCAAAAUUGUGGGCCUCUCCAAGAAAAACAGAGCAAGGCAGAACAGCAGCCUAAACAAUGGCUCUCAUGUACAAGUGCAGAAGGCGUUUCAUUUUGCAAAUUCCUCCCAAGAGUUCCAGCAAUAAAGCAAAAUUAAUCUGAUACAUACAAAAGGCAAAGCCACAGAGAAUUUGGCAAACCACCAGGCUUGGCGUUUUGAACAGGAUCAUAUUGCUACCAACUGAAGUAGGAUAGUUGAGGUUGUGAGGUAUCAAGAGAGGGCACAAGAUUAUUACCAUCAUUAAACACAUUUCACGAAGGCUCCUUGGGUUCCUGACUCGCUGAGGGCACUGGGCAGAGAGUAAAACGUCGACAUGUAGGUUUCUAUCGUCUCACGCAUUUGGAGCACUACGUAGUCCGUGCCCAGACCCUCUUUUACUCCCCGCAUUACUGAAAGUCAUCCCACCCUCUCACGCCUGGCCCCAUCAAACACUUCUCUGUACCUCUGAGCCGAAUGCGGCCACACAAAGAGUUUCUGAGGCCUGUUUCAGGCCCAGAGGAAGAUUCACACAAAGUCAGGCCCAAGCAACAAUGCACUUCUGAAGGGAACUAAGCCCCCCCC